UUGGUACACGGAUCACACACACGAGUUGUCUACUCGUUUAAGCUUUACACCACAACGUGUUGACUUGUACAACAACCAAAAAUACAAAAUUAUAAUGAGAUAGCCCUUUCCUUCCCCUAAACAAUUUAAUACUUUAAAAAUCACCCCUUUAUAAAUAUAUUCAUAGCUACCAUUGUUCAUUCAUCAAUACCCAAAAUUUUUAUCACAUAAUCUCGAGAACCUAUCAACUUGUUCGCAUCUCAAUUAUUUUAUUAAUCGAAAACUACUAGUUCAUUCUAUGGAUCCAAAACAAGCCAAGACCACAUCCGGAUCGGGUCAUUCAUCGACCCAUAAGCCCAACAGCCACCCGAAGCCAUCCAAAUCUGAGCUGAUGUCCAGCGCCAAGCUAGUAGCUGACGCUGCCAAAGCAAAACUCCAUCACGAUCCAAAACAAUUUGAGAAAUCGGAGCUCGCCGGAGCUGCCGCUGACCUCCUUAACGCCGCUUCACAGUACGGUAAAAUAGAAGAGACAGGGAUCGGGAAAUUCGUCGGAAAAGCAGAGACUUUUCUCCAUAAAUACGAAACGUCUCAUCAUUCCACCACCACCGCCGCCGCGACUGCACAUACGCAGUCAUCGGGGCAUACAGGUGGGGGAAAACAUGAAAAAGCAGGAAGUGGAUAUGGCGAGUAUAUUAAAAUGGCGGAAGGACUUUUGAAGAAAAAUUCCGAUGGGAGUCAGUCGUCGGAAUCUGGUAAAAAAGGAGAUUAUCUGAAGAUGGCCGGAGAUUUCUUGAAGAAGCAUUGACCUAUUUAAUUUUUCUGAAAUUAUGUAUUACUAAUUGUAUUUUGCUUUGAAAGUUCUAUUUUAUGUUGGAUAAAAUGUGAUUUGUAAUGUGUGGCUAGGCUGCAUUACCACUUGUGUUAAGCCAAUUAAUGAAAAUAAAUUUGUUUUAGAGAA